GAUGCGUCUUAAUGAGAUGAUGAAGCAAAACAAAGACUUCAAGAGUACCUCCGCUCUUAUGGAGCGGAAAGUGGAUGAGCUGACAGAGGAAAAUGGUGUGCUCUCUUCCCAGAUGAGAGCAGUGUGUUCACAGCUGGCUGUCUAUGAGGCAGAAGUUGGCAGGCUGUCAGAAUCCCAAGCGUUUACUCAGGAGGAAUGGCAACGCAAAGAAAUCCACCUCGAGUCUGAACUCAAUGAAGUUACAGCUCAAAAGGAGCUUCUGACAGAACAGAUCCAGAUCCUCCAUGGAAAGAUUUCCUGUUUGGAGGAUGAAAUAAACAGGGCCACCCAGGAAGAAGUAGGAGAGAACAUGGGACCAGUGAUCGAGAGAGAAAAGUUUGAGACUGAAAUAAACAGUUUGAGGAGUGAGUUGGAGAGCACAGUUGACUCCCUGAAAAAGGCUGAGGUGGACGUUCAUGCCAAAGCACAACAGCUUUCAGAGUAUCGGCAAGAAAUUUCUCAACAGAAGGAUCUCCUCAAGCAGCAGAAGGCCGAAACAGAAGAAAUGCUUGAAGCAAAAGAUGAAAUUCUUGAUCGUUUGCAAAAGCAGAUCACAGAGCAGAGAGCCAUCCUGCAGGAAGAGAUCCAGGAUUUAAAGCUUCAGCUGCAGCAAGCUGAGCAGCAGAACAUUGAACAGAUUUCAAGACUGCAGGAGCAAAUAACUGCUUGUGAACAAGAUGUUGAAAAACUAAAGGAAAUUAAGAAAGAGAAGGAAGACCUUCUUCAACAGACUGAGGAAAGAGUUAAAGAUCUUGAGACAAAGUUAUCUGCUGCAAGUUCUCUCCUGGCUGAUAAAGAGCAACAUAUUACUGGUCUUAGGGAAGAAAUUGACAUUCUUACAGAUGAAACCAAAACAUCUAAAAAUGAAAUUCAAGCCAAAGAGGAAAAGCUUGCUGAAUUACUUUUGGAAAAGUCUUCUGAGCAAGAAAUCCUUAAUAAUAAAAUACAGAUUUUGACAGCCAAAAUGGAAGAACUCGACUCAACUCUCAAACUGGCUGAGCAGGAAAUCCAACUAAAGCAAAACCUCCUGACUAAAACCCAAGAAGAAAAUAUCCAACAAAGAGAGGGACUCCAAAAACAGAUUGUCACCUGUGAAGAGGAGGUUCAGAGGUUAAGCCAAGAGAUUCAGGUAAAAAAUGAUCAGCUUGUUGUUCUGAGGAAUGACAGCUCUCGGCAGUCUGAAUUGCUGGAGCAAGAGAUAAUAGGUCUAAAAGGCCAACUAGAAAGUCUGAAUGAGUCUCUCAGAAAGACUGAGGUACAAGUUCAGGCUCAGGAGCUUUUGCUAAAUAAGCAGGAGGAGGAAAGUGCACAUCAGGCAGAGCUCCUGAAGCAACAAUUGUCUGCUUCAGAAGAGAGGAUAGAGAACAUGAAGGAGGAGAUCAGGACUAAAGAGGAACAGAUGAACACAUUGAAAAAACAAAGUUCCGAACAGUCAGAAGAACUACAUCAAGAGAUCCAAGAUUUGAAAAAAGAAUUUGAGACUCUUAGUUCAUCACUAACAAAAGCCGAGGAGAAUUUGCAAUCAAAGGAAAAUCUGUUUGCUGAACAGCAACUGCAGCGCACCCAGGAUAUUGAGACACUCCAGAUGCAGAUGAAAGCAUCUCAAGAUGAGGUGAAGAGGCUAACGGCAGACAUCCAUGCAAAGGAGGAGAAGUUAAUUCUGCAACAGACAGAGUCCUCCUCACACUCAGAAGGGCUACAGAGUGUAAUACAAACUCUCAGGGACCAAGUUCAAAGUUUGAAUGAAUCUCAGAAAACUACAAUGGAGCAGUUACAGGCUAAAGGAGACCUGUUGUCUCAGAAAGAGACAGAGAUUUCUCAGGAAAAGGAUACAUUUCAGAACAUGAUGAAAACCUGUGAAGAGGACAUUAGAGGGCUUAGGGAGCAGAUCCAGACUAAAGAUGACCAGCUGACCACCUUAAAACAAGAGGGCUCCAAACAAUCUGACAAGCUACAAGAAGAGAUCAAAUGUCUCACAAAACAACUUGCCGAUAUGGGCGAGUCUCUCAUAAAGGCAGAGGAGCAGGUUCACACCCAGGUAGCUGUGCUUUCCAAACAGGAAGAAGAGAAUGCUCAUCAGAUGCAGCGUCUGUCAGCUUCUGAAGAAGAGGUGAGGAAAAUGAAUCUGGAGAUCCAAACAAAAGAGGAACAGAUGACACUGCUGGAGACUGAGAGCUCAGAGCAGAAGGAGCUACUAAAUCAAGGGAUCCAAGAUUUAAAGAAACAGGUUGAAAAUCUUUGUUCCACUUUAGCGGAAGCUGAGGGAAACUUGCAAUCCAAGGAAAAUCUGUUUGCUGAACAGCAACUGCAGCGCACCCAGGAUAUUGAGACACUCCAGAUGCAGAUGAAAGCAUCUCAAGAUGAGGUGAAGAGGCUAACGGCAGACAUCCAUGCAAAGGAGGAGAAGUUAAUUCUGCAACAGACAGAGUCCUCCUCACACUCAGAAGGGCUACAGAAUGUAAUACAAACUCUCAGGGACCAAGUUCAAAGUUUGAAUGAAUCUCAGAAAACUACAAUGGAGCAGUUACAGGCUAAAGGAGACCUGUUGUCUCAGAAAGAGACAGAGAUUUCUCAGGAAAAGGAUACAUUUCAGAACAUGAUGAAAACCUGUGAAGAGGACAUAAGAGAGCUUAGGGAGCAGAUCCAGACUAAAGAUGACCAGCUGACCACCUUAAAACAAGAGGGCUCCAAACAAUCUGACAAGCUACAAGAAGAGAUCAAAUGUCUCACAAAACAACUUGCCGAUAUGGGCGAGUCUCUCAUAAAGGCCGAGGAGCAGGUUCACACCCAGGUAGCUGUGCUUUCCAAACAGGAAGAAGAGAAUGCUCAUCAGAUGCAGCGUCUGUCAGCUUCUGAAGAAGAGGUGAGGAAAAUGAAUCUGGAGAUCCAAGCAAAAGAGGAACAGAUGACACUGCUGGAGACUGAGAGCUCAGAGCAGAAGGAGCUACUAAAUCAAGGGAUCCAAGAUUUAAAGAAACAGGUUGAAAAUCUUUGUUCCACUUUAGCGGAAGCUGAGGGAAACUUGCAAUCCAAGGAAAAUCUGUUUGCUGAACAACAACUACAGAGCACCCAAGCAAUGGAGGCACUUCAGACUCAGAUGGUGGCAUCUCAAGAUGAAGUGAAGAGGCUAAAUGCGGAGAUUCUUGCUAAGGAGGAACAGCGAAUUCUGCUGAAGACUGAGUCCUCGUCACACUCUGAAGGGCUACAGCAGGAGAUUGAAAAUCUGAGUCAACAAAUAAAAACUGUGACCACUUCUCUUGAGCUAGCCAAGGACCAGGUUCAAGCCAAAGAAGACAUGAUGGCCAAGCAGGAACAGGAGAGCACUUUGCAGAUUGAAGCACUCAGAAAGCACAUUUCCCUCCUUGAGGGGGAGGUUAAUCAGCUGAGGGAGGAAAUGCAAACUAAAAAGGCUGAGGUAGAGAUCCUAAAGACACAAACUUGCAAGGAGUCUCAGGAACUACAGGAUGAAAUACAAACUCUCCAGGUCCAAGUUCAAAGUUUGACUGAAUCUCUGAAAACUUCAAUGGAGCAGCUGCAUGCCAAAGAACACUUGCUCAUUCAGAAAGAAAUGGAGAUUUCAGAUGCAAGUUGUAAAUUUCAAAACAUGGUGAAAACCUGUGAAGAGGAGAUACGAGGACUGAGUGAGCAGAUCCGGACUAAAGAUGAACAGCUGACUACAAUAAAACAAGAGGGCUCCAAACAUUCAGACAUGCUAAAGCAAGAGAUGGAAUGUCUUACAAACCAACUAGCUGAUAUGGGUGAGUCUCUCUCAAAGGCUGAGGAGCAGGUGGAGACUCAGUUAACUGUGCUUUCCAAAAAGGAAGAAGAGAUUGCUCAUCACAAGGAACUUCUCUUGGCUUCUGAAGAAAAGGCUAGGAAGAUAAAAGAGGAGGUACAAUCUAAGGAGGAACAGAUGAUGCUGCUGAAGACUGAGAGUUCAGAACAGUCAGAUUUGUCACACCAAGAGAUCUUAACUUUAAAGAUGCAGCUGGAGACUCUUGGCUCCUCAUUGAAGAAGACCAAUGAGGAUAUACGAUCCAAGGAAGAUCUGUUGGCUCGACAACAACUUGAAAAUACUCAACAGAAGGAGGCCCUCCAAGGUCUGCAGAAGAAAGUCAAACAAGUGGAGAUUCUGCAGGAACAGAUGAAUUCACGUGAAGAAGAGAUUCACAAACUAAGAGAAUCACAGAGUGAGAAAGAGAGCCUUCUUCUCAGGGCUGAGGAGAAGCUUCAGAUCCUCGAGACAGAGCUGUCUGCUGCCAACACGCUUCUAUCGGAUAAAGACCAAAAUCUGGUCACUCUCAGGGAAGAGGUUGCUGCCCAAGCUAACUUGGUUCAAAAAACAAAAGAGGAAUCUAAAGCUAAUGAGAAACAGAUGGCUGAGAUUAAAGGGGAGAGCUCCAGACAGACAGAUUUUCUGCAACACGAGAUCCAGGAUCUAAAAGGGGACUUGGAAACGAUUACUCAAAAACUUCUGGCCAAAGAACAGAUGUUACACGAAACUCAACAGGAAGCUUCUCGGCAAAUAGAAGUCCUCCAGAAACAGCUUGUCUCAGUAGAAACAGAGACCAACGCUGCACAGGAGCUACAGGUUGAAACUUUAAAGGAAAAAGAGGCUCUUGUUCAGGAAAAAGAAGCACUCAUGUCCCGGAUACUCCAGGCUGAAAUGGGCCGGAAAGUUCUUGAGACACAACUUGAAGCCACAGUGGUUGAAAAAGAGAGACUGUCUCAAAACAUGCAAGCUACGGAGAGGGAGAACCUAGCUUCUCGUAAACUGGAAUCUGCGCUACAGAAGGAGCUGGUAUUAUUGAAAUUGGAAAAAGACAAAUUAUUGAAAGAGAGAGAAAAAGCUGAUGAAGCUGAGACGCAAAGGCGUGACCUGCAGGAACAGCUCUCGGCUAAAACAGAGGCUGCCGAACACUACAAAGCACAGAUGGAGAAGGCAGUGAGUUUCUACAAUAGCAAGAAGCAGCUUCUGCAGGAAAGCCAAGAUCAGGUGGCCGAACUCAAGAACUCCUUGGAGGUUAAAGAGCGGGAAGUCAAAGGCGUUACCAUGGAGAACAAGAUACUUCAACUGGAUCUGGAGAAGGUCCAAAACAAUGAGAAGAAACUGAGUAGCACAGUGGCCAGUUUGGAGGCACAGCUGGCCUUUGCUGACCGUAACCUGCGAGCACAAAAUAAGAUUCAUGGAACUGAAAGAAGUGCAACAGAGGCCUGUUACUUGGAGAUUCCCAGUGGACACUCAAGUGUUCAUACUAGAGCAGAAGUGAGGAGGGUCAUGAGCUCUGACAGCCUGGACCAGAGCUCUCUGGAGGACUCCCUGAACACCACAAGGAAACUGUCUGCACCUGGUGAAUCAAGCACACCGCUUGUUCGCAGUUCGGAGCGCUUGGCAUCCAAACGUCAAGGCCUGCAGGCUGAGUCACUAGAAACCCUGUACUUCACACCAAUAAACAACAAGCAGAUCAACAGGACUGGUACAGAACACAGAAUGGAAUUUGAUUCGUCCUGUAAAAACCCAACUUCAUCGGUCAAACGACGCAGGACCACGCAGGUUAUUAACAUCACCCUGACAAAGAAAACUCCGGGCGGCGGUGGUGACUGUGAUGAGACUUUCUACAGUCUGGCUUCAGCACGCUCCCAGCCAAACCUCUCCGGUGCCCACUCUGCCCGACCUGUGUCUACAGAGCUGUUUGAAACUCCUGCCAAAAUGACUGGCGCAGCUAGCGACCAGCUCAUUGGUCUUCCAGGGUACAGAAGGAGCACAAUUCACUCACAGU